AGUUCGGUUUAGUCAACGCUUAAAGUGGCGCCAGAGCUUUGAACGGCGCUGUUUAGUUUAGAGUGUCUGUGCUAUCCAGGUCGCUUGGAUGCAGCUCGACAUGACUGUACCCUCCUUUGAGGAGCUGGACACCUUCAAAUACAGCGACCUGCAGAAUUUGGCCAAGAGUCUGGGCCUCCGGGCUAACCUGAGGGCAGGCAAAUUAUUAAAAGCCUUGAAAGCCCACCUUCAACAUGAAGCAAAAAAAGAAAAUGAGAAUCAGGAUGGAAGUCAAAUUUCUGCAUCCUCUUGUGAUGAGGCUGAGAUGCAGAUCAGCAGCCAGGAACAAGCUGAGAGGUUGCCAGUUGACCAUGUCACCAAAAUGAGGAGAAGGCGCAGGACAGUCCACAGAAACCCUGACUCCCAGGAUCAUUCAGAGAUAAAGAUAAGUGAUCCCAUUGAAUUCCAGAAUCAAGAGAAGCAGGAAAACCAGAAACUCAGAACUGUUGGAGAAGUUCCUUCACCACCAGACAAGAGCCAAGGAGAGGAGAAUGCAGUUUCCUCAGGAAAAGGUAGAACAGAUGGUAAUGAAGAUUCAAAGGUUCCUUCGGAAAAAAAGAGGCCGCUCUACACAGAUGGAUUUUCCAAACCUGGAAAAAAUAAAAGAACUGUAAGCACUACUCCAAACUUUAAGAAGCUUCAUGAGGCUCAUUUUAAGGAAAUGGAGUCCAUUGAUCAAUAUAUUGAGAGAAAAAAGAAACAUUUUGAAGAACACAAUUCAUUUAAUGAACUGAAGAAGCCUCCUGUCACUAAGGGAAAAGUGGCGACCCCAGUUCCUCUCAGGGGAAGACUCCCUGUGGCUUGUACUCCCACCAGCCAGCAACGCUCGCAGGGGGCCGCAGGCCGCAGCACCUUGUGCGGGAAGGGGUCCACCAAGCGUCCUGUUCUGUCAGCAACUAAAAUGAACGUCAGGUUUUCAGCUGCUACCAAAGAUAAUGAGCAUAAACGGUCACUGACCAAGACUCCAGCCAGGAAGUCUCCGCAUGUGACUGUGUCUGGGAGUACCCCAAAAGGCCAGGCUGUGCUUCAGACAUGCAAGCUGAAGACCACAAAGGGGAAUUCUGCUUCUGUUGUUACCCCAUUCAAGUUGACAACUGAAGCAGCACAGACUCCAGUCUCCAACAAGAAACCAAUAUUUGAUCUCAAAGCAAGUCUGUCUCGUCCCCUCAACUACGAGCCACACAAAGGAAAACUGAAACCAUGGGGACAAUCUAAAGAAAAUAAUUCUCUGAAGGAGCAUGUAAACAGAGUUAGCUUCCACAAGAAAACUUACAAACAACCUCCUCUCCAGACUAGGGAAGAACAACGGAAGCAACAUGAGCAAAAACGAAAGGAGAAGAAAGCAAAGGUUUUGGGAGCUCGAAGAGGCCUCAUUAUGGCUGAAGAUUAAUUUUUUGAUGUCUUGUAAAUAUUACCUUAUUCUGAACACUUUUUGUAAAUAUUUUUCUACUGUCUUCCCUGCUUUAGUCAAAAAACCUUUUUCUGUUCUUUGUUCACUAUUUAUGUAGUGUCAGUGCGUUCUUAACAUGCUACAUCUCCGAAGACAUUAACUUUAAGGCUCACAUAUUCUUUGACGUGGUUUUUACUUAAGUCUCUGUACAAUUCACUUUUGAACUGAGACUCCUAUAGAUUCUUGACCUAGAUUUUUCAUGUCAAGUUCUGUGUGCUGAUUCUAAUAUUAAUUGCAAUCCUGUUCUAGCCAACAGCAUUUACCCUGAUGGUAGGUAGUUCUACCACAAGCUUUAGUAGAAAUUGCACCAAUAAAAAGUUAUGAAUAGGGUAAGUUGAGAAAGUUCACUUCUUGCUCCUCUAGAGAAUCUAGUAGUCUUGAUCAAACUGGGGGCCAUUUGGGUUGGUUAUGGCAUUAAUAUUCUACGUAUGUGAAGUAUCUGGUUACCUAUGCACAUUAGUUCAGAUCACUUAAUAUAAUUGGCAUCUGUCACUCAACAUACUCUUAAAAACUCUAUUGCUCAUUCUAGCCUUAUUUAAAAACAUACAGGGCCAUACUGAAAUCUGAGGAUUGCUGCUUCGAGGAUCAUUAUGCUCUGUGAAACAGACCUUUUACUCACUUUAUGGAAAAAGACGACUUGCUUAGCACCAUAGCCAUGCUUGUUGAACCUAACUGGAGCUUCUGAGCUUUGUACUAAUUAAGAUUUUCAUAGUUGUUUUCUCAUGGUGGUAGAUGGAUUGUUUGUAAAUAAAUUGGCUUCCAAGAUUGAGUUGACCAGCUAA